UAUAUAACACCGGCACGGACGAGGAUGUGACACUCAACCCGAGAGACAGAGUCAUCACCGAGAGCGUGGACCACUGAACUGCUGAACUACUGAAGAAGAAGAAGAAGAAGAAGAACUAGAAGAAUGGCUCGAUGCUGUAAAUGCCCCAGACUGCACCUGGCAGUGACGGUGUUGGCGUGUGUCCUCGUCUUCACUGAGGGAGUCAAUCUGAACGACCUCCUGGACCGAGCGUCACAACUCUCCGACAAAAUGCACUCGCUCAGCACCUCCCUCACCAACGACCUGGACUCUCAUUUCUCCUCAGUAGGAGGAAAGCUCAUGAGGCCGUCCAUGUGCCACACGUCGUCCCUGCAGAUCCCCAACGAUAAAGAUCAGGCCCUCAGCGUACCGGAGAGCGAGCUCCUGUCUCUGGUUCGCUCUCUGCUCAUGGCCUGGUCAGAUCCUCUCGCUUUGCUGUCGUCUGAGGCCACCAGUCUGCCCCACCCUGAGCGCAACUCCAUCAACACCAAGACCAGAGAGCUGCAGGACCACACCAACAGCCUGGGGGCCGGCCUCGAGCGCCUCGGCCGCAAGAUGGGCUCGUCCCCCGAGUCCCUGUCCUCUCUCCCGUUCAACAGUAAUGAUCUGGGACAGGACAACAUCUCUCGCCUGGUCAACUUCCACUUCCUGUUGUCGUGCUUCCGCAGGGACUCGCACAAAAUCGACAGUUUCCUCAAAGUGCUGCGAUGCAGAGCUGCUAAGAUGCUGCCAGAGAUGUGCUGAAGUUCUGACCUUCUGACGUUUCUCCUCUGAACUUCUCUGAAUUCAUCAAGAAUGGUUUUAUUCUCGUACGAUUUAAAAGAGUGAUGCUGAACGUUUCUUUAAAAAGGGUCGCACGUCUCACACGUUUCACACGUGGUCAGAUUCGUGCGUGUCCCUGUCGCAGUAAUUAUCCUUCAUACUUGAGUAAAUAAACGAGAGAGCAGGACAGAGCUGUGCUUUAUCCUCGAAUUAAACCAGGAGGAAAACAUCAAACUGGCGAUGGAGCUGGUGCACUGAUCUGUGUAGUGUCUCGUGUAAUCACUUUAAAAUCAAAUCACUGAUGAGCUGACUCAAACCUUCAGAUCACUCUUUUAACAUGCGUAUGGCUGGGAGGAACCUUCUGCACUUUAUCCUGUUUAUAGAAAUACUGAUUUAGGAUCUUAAUUAGUUUUCCUUUUCCUCAUCUUUACAAAACUGCUGAACCAAAAAUGUCAAUAAAUCGAUAUCACGCAUCCUGAAAAA